UAUGAAAAUAUUUUAAUAAAUAUACAAUUAUUAAAAUCAGCUUUUUUCAUGAUUUACAUUUGAUUUUCUGUGUUAUUUAUUAAAAGACUAGUAGCAUAAUAUGAAUUUAGCUGUAAGGCAAGUCCUAACACGUCAAACUUUUAGACUAUGUGAUAAAGUUACAUAUAAAUGUUUACCAAAACAUCUUGCCGUAACCUCAACAAACAAUGUUACACAAUUUCGGAAUUAUAGCCAAGAUACAAGCGAUACCAAGAAGUUACCUCAGUUAAUGGAGUUUCCACCGAUCGUUUGGCCAUCUUUUAUCAAAUUUAUUAAGAACUGGAUGUUUGCAAAUUUUAUAAUCCGCCCUUAUUUUGAGCAGGAAUUUAGUCUUGGCGAAUUCAUCGAGGCUUCCAAACACGCUGUUCAGGUUGUUUCAGAUGCCUUACAAAGGAGUGAUUUCAAGUCACUUGAAGGUAUAGUAGAAAAAGAUGCCAUUGCUGCAUUAAAGACUGCUGUUUCCAAACUCUCCGUGUCUCAAAGACAACUCCUAGCUAUAGAGAAGGAAGAUAUUUUUUAUGCUUUUCCUUAUCAGGUGGGUGUGAUGUUUGAUGAUGCAGAUAAACGAUGGGUGGAAAUCACUAUGUGCUAUCAUGUACUCAAAGGUCUAAAACAUAUGCAAGAAACUGGGGAUUUGCCUCCAAUUUCUAUAGGGACACAACCUGAGUAUCAAGAUAAAGUAUUCAUUUUAAACUACAGAUUUAUUAGAGAAUUCACAAAAGGAGUCGAGGACAGCUGGUGGGUGAAUAUAGUAAAUCAUUUCCAACCACAUUCACUCAUAAGAAAAUAGGUGGAUAGUAAAUGAGUACUUGACAAGUCAUGCAUGUUUAAGUUUACAGAGUCAAUAUAGUAAGAUUUAAAUAAAAGGCAGUUAAAUUGUUAA